GCCGCCGAAACAUGUCCAAGGCCGAGUCCUCCAAAGCUGCCGCCAGCAACCGUGUCAAGCCCAACCCCAAUGCGGCCGGCGGUGCAAACUACGAGCUGCCCUGGGUAGAGAAGUACCGUCCCGUCUACCUCGACGAUGUCGUCGGCAAUACCGAAACCAUUGAGCGCCUCAAGAUCAUUGCCAAAGAUGGCAACAUGCCGCACAUGAUCAUCUCGGGCAUGCCCGGUAUCGGCAAGACAACGUCGAUUCUCUGCCUCGCCCGCCAACUCCUCGGCGAUGCCUACAAGGAAGCUGUUCUCGAGCUCAACGCCUCCGACGAGCGUGGAAUCGAUGUCGUCCGCAACCGCAUCAAGGGCUUUGCCCAGAAAAAGGUCACUCUCCCACCCGGCAGGCAAAAACUCGUCAUCCUCGACGAAGCCGACAGCAUGACGAGUGGAGCCCAGCAGGCCCUCCGCCGCACCAUGGAAAUAUACAGCUCCACCACGCGCUUUGCCUUUGCCUGCAACCAGUCCAACAAGAUCAUUGAGCCCCUGCAGUCGAGAUGCGCCAUCCUCCGAUACGCUCGUCUUACCGAUGCCCAGGUUGUGCGCCGCAUCAUGCAAAUCUGCGAAGCCGAGGACGUCAAAUACUCCGAUGAUGGCAUUGCAGCACUCGUCUUCUCCGCCGAGGGCGACAUGCGACAGGCCAUCAACAACCUGCAGUCGACAUUUGCUGGUUUUGGCUUCGUCAAUGGCGACAAUGUCUUCAAAGUGGUGGACAGCCCGCAUCCCAUCAAAGUGCAAUCCAUGAUCAAGGCCUGUCACGAGCAGCGCAUAGACGACGCCUUGGCAUCAUUGAAAGAGCUGUGGGACCUGGGCUACUCGUCCCACGACAUUAUCAGCACCAUGUUCAAGGUCACAAAGACGAUUGACACUCUUAGUGAGCACGCAAAGCUCGAGUUCAUCAAGGAAAUUGGCUUCACUCAUAUGCGCAUCCUCGACGGUGUCCAGACCCUGUUGCAACUUUCCGGCUGCGUUGCCCGCUUGUGCAAAAUCAACAUGCAACCGCAAUUAUUCGCCCUUCCUACGAAAUGAGUUCAAAAUUUAACAUGAGGCUUGGCUUGCAUUUACUAGCAUGGCGUUUGGCGCAAAAAAAACUCUCACACA